GUGUGUGAUAGAGAGAGAUCGAGAGAGUGCUCUACAGAGAGAGGGAGAGAGGACUGCCGUUGAGAUUGGACUCUAUCACGUCUUCAUUAUUAGUCUAAAAUGCUUUAGUACCUGCCAUUCAUCUGUGCUGUCAGUCAAAGAUCAGUCACGCGGGAUAUACGUUAAGUUCAGGUCUGGAAAGCAGUGGUGCAACUGAAGGCCCAAGAUGCCAGAGCAGAGCAACGACUACCGUGUGGUGGUGUUUGGCGCAGGGGGUGUAGGGAAGAGCUCACUUGUGCUCCGUUUUGUGAAAGGCACUUUCCGGGACACCUACAUCCCAACAGUGGAGGACACGUACCGGCAGGUGAUCAGCUGUGACAAGAGCGUCUGCACCCUACAGAUCACAGACACAACUGGCAGCCACCAGUUUCCCGCCAUGCAGCGUCUGUCCAUCUCCAAGGGUCACGCAUUCAUCCUGGUCUACUCCAUCACUAGUAAGCAAUCCCUGGAAGAAUUAAAGCCCAUAUACCAGCAGAUUCUCGCUAUUAAAGGCAACAUAGAGAACAUCCCCAUCAUGCUCGUGGGAAACAAGAGCGAUGAGACUCAACGGGAAGUGAAGACCGAAGAUGGAGAGGCCCAGUCCAAGAUCUGGAAGUGUGCUUUCAUGGAGACCUCAGCUAAGACUAACCACAAUGUCACUGAGCUUUUCCAGGAGCUUCUCAACUUGGAGAAGAAGAGGAACAUGAGUUUGAACAUCGAUGGCAAGCGUUCUGGGAAGCAAAGCAGGGCUGACAAGCUGAAGGGGAAAUGCAGCAUCAUGUAAAGUGCUUGUUAGAGCCUGAACUGGGAUGUGGUGAGAUAAAGUGAAGAUAUAGAGUGAUAAAAUAACAAAGGAAAGGAACCGAGGAGAGAAAAAUGAGUGAAAAUGGUGUUAUUUGACAUUUCAUGCUUAUUUCCGAUAACAAGGAUUUUACUCUAACAUCUCAAAUUUCAUCCUUCUCCAUCAGUCUUUGGCCUUAACAAGCACUGACCUGUUCGUAUUGCCUUGUCUGUUUCUAUUACAGAGCAUGGCCACCUUCUCUCACAUCUGAGAAAUACUCAGAUAGCAAUCGAUUCUUAAACAGCCCUUUUUGAGUUCAUGAUGAAAUUUUUUCAUUAAAUAGUUGCUCCUGCAUAGCUAAAGCAGAGUCAGGAUUUAACUUGACUUAAGGCUUAGACUUUGCUUAGUGACAACUAAAAUUUAGUUUUGUUUAUUUAUUCAAACGUUCCUGUCAGGUUGAGGAAGUAGUGUCAGAAUGAGAUUAUAUGACAAUAUAGUCAAACCAUCCUUUAAUACUCUUUGUUACAGGCUCUGUGAAUCCACUUUUAUUUGUUAUCCUCAUAACAUUUUGAUGAUUACUUUUGCAUGUCCUUAGUUAUCUUAAAUAAUGCCAACCCGUAUGUACAACAAUCAUUUUAUUAAACAUUAGCAACAUACCAUAGAAAAUUAUGAUGCUUUUGAAAAUUAUUACCUGCAGUUACAUCAAGGCAGAUCAAAAAUCUGAAAUCAUAUUUCAUGCAGAUGCACACAUGCUUAUGGUACUCAUCAUAAUCAUAAUCUCUGGUAUUCAGCUGCCCUACUAAUUUGGAGUGAGCCAGAAUCUUCAUCAUCAUUUUUUAUGUUUUUCAAGAUAAACUGCUUAUAUUUUUAGUAAGUAUAACUGGAACAAUAACAAAUGUAGCCCUCUUAAAGUCGAUCAGUGUAUUUAGACAGCAAAACUAAAUUGAGGCUUUCCUAACACAACCAAAGUCUUCUAACCCUGUUUAUCAGAGACUAAUGUGAACAUUAAUGAACGGAUAUAAUAUGGCUGAUAUAAUAUAAUCUGAAGUUAUGAUCUUUUUAUGAUAACAUUGAAACAUUUUAAAUAUUUUUCUACAAUAAUUUUUUUAUAUGCAUCACAUGUCAGACAUUACAGGAAUUUUUAAGUUGAAACAAAUUCAGUUUUUGUGCUCUUAAUCUGCUAAUCAGCUUUUGACAAAAGAAAUCUCUUGUUUCAAAGGGCCUUGAUUGUAUUGCAUUAUAUUUCAUUUAACCAGCUGAUUGCCUUUGUACAUUGAUGUGAUGUUUAUAUGUUUUAAGGGUUGUGCAUGACAGAUCUGAGUAGAUGCAGACAACAUUAUUUAUCCAUGUUGUGCUGGUUUGCUUACUUUACUAUGUAAAAAGCUAGGUUUUGAACAGGGUACAUAAGAAAUGAGUAGAAAAAGAAAGCGUUACACAACAGAAAACGAAUACAAAGUAAACAGACAAAAAAGAAUUCAUGUGGUUUAUUUUAUAUAUAUUAUUAUAAUAAUCCUGUAUAAGAAGCAACUUAUAUAAGUAUAUCAAACAUUCAAAUUUAGAAUGAUAAAACCAUACAUUUCAUUUUGGCACAGGUAGAAAAAUAGGGUUAUAAAUAUGUAAUAGAGUAUUAUAUCCCACCCCCAUAUACAGUAAAUCUAAUAUAUACUAAUGAUAUACUGUGACAAGCAUUGCAAUAGAACAGAAAACAAUAACAUCAGUCAUAUGUAGUUUCCAGUUUACUGUCAGUAAAUAUUAUGACUCAGCCUGUUGCCUGUGAUUGAUGUGUAUGAUUAAUAUUUUAAUAGUAGUUCACUGGAUGCCCCACCAACACGUUCAUCCCCCUAGAAUGGUGCUAUAAUUUACCACCUCUCUACUGGUGACAGUAGAUCUGCUCUGCAUGGUUUAUGUAAAAUACCCUCUUUUAUCACUCUGCAGUGUUGCUGAUUUACGGCUUUGCAAUUUUCUAAAUUCAGAACAACGCCUCAUCCAUCUAUCAUGAAGUUUAGACUGCAUUUGGAUCCAUUAUACCUGAAUCUAUAUGUCCAACCUCUAUAAAGAUAACUCAGCUGGAGUAUGAGUCACACUGCUGAUACCAUCAGAGGCAUUGCAAGCUGCAUGAGAGGAAAACUGCGGAGCGUCUUGCAUUUUACAUGUAUGGGAAGUCUGCACUGUCACAUCUGAACAGUAUCAGCUACCUGUGAUCCUUUUGCUUGGCUUGACAACAUGGACUUGCCUCCGCAAUGCCAAUGCCCACCAGUUCUGCGUAUCAUAGCAUUUUUUAAACCCAUAUGCAUUUUAUCAUGCACAUUCUAUUGUAAAUAUUUGUAAAUUGUCUGUAAAGAAUAUGACACUGUAAAGAAAUCAUGACUGACUCUUGGCGGAUGAACCGACAGGUCGUCCCAACAGACAUGGAUACAGUUCCUUCAGUCUCUGUUCAUGUAUUUGGUUGGACUCCCAGGGGACUUUUUUGUACAUCUGGAUUACCUUCAUGCUUUUUUUUCAUUUGGUAUCUUAAAUCUGGUUUACACAGUGAGCACUUUAAAUGCCUAAUGGUAACGGAAUGUACUAUGAAACGUCCAAAUGAUGACCUCCAUUCAUAAUUUAAAAUAUGCAUGGUCCCACUUGAUGUUUACCCAGCAUGAGGCAAGCAACAAAACUGUGAAGUGACUUUUCAACUCCUUUCCAUUUUAUUAUUAUUAUUAUUUUUAGCUACUACUAUGUAUGAUAUGUCUUUUAGCAAUAGUCUUCCUAAGACCUGGUAUGCUGUGGUCAUGCAUCCAAAAUGAAGGAAAAUAUGACCUACAUAUACUAACAUAUAUGUAUAUAUAUAUACUGUAUACCGGCGAAUAUUCUCUAAGAAAUCUGCAAAUUGAUUUUCAUAAUAAAAACAAUUAGAGCAAAAACCCAAUAA